UCGUAGAGCAAAAAAAAUUCCAAUUUACUUGAGAUAAAGAAAGCAUAUAUUCGAUUAUUAAAGUCAGAAGCAACAAUGGGUCAUCAUCAUCAUCAGUUAACCGACCCACUUGUCACUCUUAGUAGUAGUAGUAGUACUAGUUGUAAAAGUUUCUUCUUUUUCUUGUCUUUUUCUUGCAGAAUUUGUCAAUGGAACCUUUGAUCUUCAAAAUCAGGCUUCUUAUUCUUGCUUGGGUGCAUUUCAGAUCUCGUUCAGGUCCAAUAUCCUUGGUGAAACACUUCUCUAAUAAAGAUAUAAAGAAAGCAACUGAUGGUUUUAGGAGAAUUGUGUACAACUCUUCCAAAAGAGUUGCUUACAGAGCAAAGUUUCAAAAUGGCCAUGCUGCGAUUGUGAAAGAAGUCCGAGAUUUCGAAUAUCAGGAUGAUACUGCCUUCUACAGGGAGGUACAAUUACUCGGUCGCUUGCAUCAUCGACAUAUUGCUGCAGUUAAUGGGUUCUCUUGCGGCCCUAAGAGGUUUCUAGUCUUUGAAAAUAUGGAAAAAGGAAGUCUGAAGGAACACCUUUCUGACCCUCUGAUGACCCCAUUAAACUGGAGGAUAAGACUGCAGAUAGCAGUUGGCAUCGCUGCUGCUUUAGAAUAUCUCCACUUCUUUUGUGAUCCACCGAUGUACCACGUUUCAGUCAGUUCAAGUACCAUCAUGCUGGAUGAGAACUUCACAGCUAAACUCUGUGAUGUUAGCCUCCUUUGUUCUGUCGAAAACAACAAUCCACUUCCGAAGUCUAAAUGCUCCAAAGAAUGUAGAGAUGAGAUCUGCAAACAUACAAUCUUCCAGCUUGGUUUACUGAUCCUCGAGUUAGUCACCGGUCAAUCCUCAGAAGAAGGAGGUGUUGACUUAGUUCAAUGGGUUCAAGAUUCUCGUUUCCGAAGAAGAUCCAUUCACCAGAUGAUUGACCCUGACCUCGGAGACAGCUAUGAUUUCAAAGAGCUUAAAGGUCUUUUGGCAGUUGCUAAAAUGUGUGUACAAUCUAUUCAUAAGCCUACAAUAAAGACCCCUCAAAUUUUGUGGUAUCUCCAAAAGAAACUAGGCAGGACUCAAGUAGUUUGCUGAUGACUGGAGUCAUCUGUUUUCAAGAUGUUCACAAAUAUAGAUCAUAGAUUCUGUGAGUAGACAUAUUUUUUCUUUUCUGUAAAGCUAUGUUGCUCAGACUCUUCAAAA